AUGUUGAUAAUUUUAUAUGUUUAUCUCUUCUUGGGGAUUUUGAGUCUAGCCAAAAGUCUUGACUACAUCAAAAUGCCUUAAGUGGAAAUCAAUCAGCUUAAUUUACUCACAGAUUAAGUUUUAUCAUUAGUUAAUCCUAAAUCUGCUUAGUCAAAGAGUUUCACUUUUAAUUUUGGAGUAGAAUUCACAAAUGUGCCUCAAAUACUAUUUAGUGUGACUCAUGCAGAUUUGUAAUUAAAUCCCGUAGCAUCUGUCAGCUUUUUAGUAACUUUAGACUCAAUCAGCACGACUUCAUUUAGCAUUACUGUUUCAAAGAUAAAUGAUGAAAUAUUAAAAGGACUUCAUGUAUAAUAUUUAGCUAUUAACAAUUAAAAUGCUUAUGUAAUAAAUGUAAAAUUUGACUUUUAUACAUUACAACAAAACAAAUCUAAUGGUUGGAUUAAAGCAUAAAAAACAUAUAAUUAUUAAAGAAGUAAUUUUGAUUAAAGUUAGUGGGAAGUAAGUAUAACUGUCUUUAUCAAAGGAGUUGAUAAAGUAAUGGAACCUAAAUCGAAAUUAUCAACUUAAUUUUUUCACGGGGUAUAUCAAGUAGUAUAAUCAACAAAUAGCUUUGAUAUCAUUUUUAAUUCACCUGACACAUAAAAUGCAAGAGACUAACAUUUUAUUUAUUUUAAUUAUCUUGAAUUCUAUAAGAGAAAAAAUAAUAACUAUUUCAGCAUACAAACAUAAGUAGACGACUCUUCCAAUCCUACUAAUUCAACCAAUCCAUUAUUUAACAACGCUACUCCAGGUAAUAGAACAAGUAUAACACCAAUAUACAAUGUUAAUGUUAAUAAUCUCAAGGCUAUUAUGUAUGGAUUAUCUGGUUUUAAAGUAAGAUAUGACAAUUUUUUUAGACUUGAAUUGACAGGUCCAUAACUAAAUUAUGAUCCUGUAUAAUAAUAAUAUUAAUUUUACUAUUAAUACAAUACCUGGUUCAACACAUAAAUACUUUUUGUUCAAAGCUAAUUUGUAGUAUUAUCUUAAAUAAACUGCAAUCAAAAUAAUACUCUCUUUUUAGAUGAUUUGCAAUCUUGUGUUUCUAAAUGCGCUCUAGGUUAUUAUUAAACAACCACUAACGAUCCUGUUUUAGGAACUAUUAAUUAUUGUGGAAAAUGUGACCCUUCGUGUAUAUAUUGCUCUGGUAGAAGUAUUAGCGAUUGUUUACGUUGUCCUUAAGGUUAAUAUUUUUAUAAUGCAAUAUGCCAUGAUAAUUGUCCAAAUGGAUAUUUAAAAAAUAUCUAAACUUAAAAUUGUGAUACUUGUUCAGAUUAUGACAAUCCAGACUGCUUUUCUUGUAAUAAAAAUUGCUUUUAAUGUGAUUUAUCUGAUGCAAAUUUUUGCACAAGCUGUAAUACUCAAACAAAAUAUUUGGAUUCAGAUAAUACUUGUAAAUGUUUAAAUCAAAAAGAUCAAAGAAAUAAUUUUUUUUAAUGCAGCUACAACGAUAAUGCUGUUACAAAUUAUUUUCUAAGUGAAACUCCAAGAUAGUUAGUAGUUGAUUUUGGCUUUCCUAUUUAAAGCUUAUCAAAAUAUUCUAAUACUCCUUAAGCUUUAUGCGAGUAUAUAUUUACCCCAAAAGCUGUUGAUGCUAUGGGACCUAAUCCUGACUGUUCUAUUUAAUAAAAUUACAUUGUUGUAAAUUUAGAUGAUUCAUCUACUCUUACAGGACCAUAAAUUUAAUUUUAGUAGCCAAAAUUGUAGUUUGUGAAUGCAAUAUCUCCAAUUUCUUAAUAUUACAUUUUCAGAUCAACUUAAAACUUUUGUCUAAACAGUACAGUUAAUUUCUUAUACAAUCCAAUAUAAAGUACUUGCGACCCUCUGACAAUUCAGUUUAAAAAUAUUACAGGAGAUGAAGGAAGAAUUUUUGUAAGCUUUAAUUGGACUUUAAUUUAAAUUAAUGGUACUAUAAGUGAUUAAGAGUUAUAAAGAAUAAAUUAAGUUUUAUAAUAAGCUAACACUAACAACAGCACUUCUUUAGAAAUAAGUCCAAGUCUCCUACCACCUAAUAUAAAUAUUAAACUAUAAUUUAACUUUUAAUUAAGAAAGAAUUGUUAAAAAUAAACAUUAAUAGACAUAUUUUAUUAGCAAAAAAAAUUCAUCAUAACAAACUACUUAUAGUCAGUAUAUCCUCCAAUUUACAGAUAUAUGAGUUUGAGUUUCUUCUUUGAAUUUUACAUUGGAAAAUGUGAAUAUGGCAUUAAAUAUUAUUUAAGAGAGCCAUUCAAAUUAUAAAUCAUUUCUCCUACCUUUUUAGAUAUUUAAUAAACAAUAGAUAACUAUAAUCAGACUAAUUUUGAGGUCGACAUCCCUGCUUAUUCUUUGCCAUCUAAUCAAACUUUUAGUUUUAAUUUGUAAUUAAGUUUGAUAUCAGAUAGUUAAAUCUAAAAUACACAGACUGUGUCAGUAGAUGUGCUAAUUACUUAGUUAUUUGUUAUGCUUUAAGGAGGGCGUAAUCAAAUUAUAAGCUAUCAAAAAUUGUAUUCUUUGAAUUCGAUAUAUAGAGAUUAUGAAAUCCAAGAUAGUAAUGCUGAUUAGAAGAUUAAUUUUAACUGGAUUUGUGAAAACCUCUUAACUCCUGAUAAGAAAUGUUAUGAUUAUAAUAAUAAAUUAAUUACUUUUGAACAAGGCAAAAGUAGUAUAAGUAUUCCAAAAAAAACAUUUAAGCCUUACACAAUUAUUUAAUUUACCCUUUAAAUUUCUAAAGACUUAAGAAAUUCUACUGAAUAUGCAAUUUGUUAUUUUUCAGAAUUUGAUAUUCCACCACUUUUAGUAAAAACUCCAAUUUAUUAGAUGAACUAGUAAUUUAAUCUAAAUGAAGAUUUGUUUUUUACUUUAGUUUACGAUAGUAGUGUUUCUACAAAUAUACUGUCAUAUGCAGGAGCUAUUCUUUAUAAUAAUACAGUAGUUGCUGCUAUAAAAUUUGAUUACUAUCAAGUAAAAUUUAGAAUAUGGAAUUACUUUUAAGACAUUGAUCCCACUUUAAACUCUAUUUAAAUACGUUUUUCAGUUUACAAUCCUUCCUAUGUAAUGCCCAGUAUUUCAACAAUAGAUCUAUUAAUAAACAUACCUCCUAAAAACUGUGUGUUAACUAUUGAUCCUCAAUAUGGCAUUGCUCUCUAAACUAAAUUUUUGAUUCAAUUUACUAAUUGCUAAGAUACAGAUCUCCCUUUAACAUAUCAAUAUUUUUAUUAUAAUUCAGUAGAUGAUUAUAACUAAGAAAUUGUCUCACCUUGGAAUAUAGUCCGAAGAUAACUGAGUGAUUAAGUUGUAAGUUAACAAUUCUAAACUAUUUUACCUCAAGGUAAUUUAUUGGUUUUGAGUUAAGUUAUGGAUUCUAGAUUAGGUGUUUCUAAUAGUACAUUAAGCAUUAAUGUUUACUCAUAAAAUUUAACUGACUCAAACUAUCAUUAAUAAGUUAAUCAACUAAUUUAAUAAAAUUUGCAAAAUUAUUUAACAACUACUAACUUAGUAUCAAACUUGUGCGUAAUUGGAGAAGACGUGACAAAGAACAUUUAAUAUUAUAAUUCUUAAUAAAUAAAUGAUUUAAAAUAAAAUCUAAUUACUAACUUAUAAUUAUUUUCUUAGUAAAUACCAAAAUCAUCAUUAAUUGCUACUUACGCUAAUAAAGUAAUUGCACAAUUGUAAUAUUCUAUCUUUCAAUAACCAGAUUUAUAAAAAAGUAGUGUUUACAAUUAUAUCUAAUAGACUAUACAAAAAACACAAGCAAACAAACAAAGUAAUAAUAUUAAUAAAUUGUAAUAGAAUAAUGACUUAUACACACAGAAUUUAAUUGACUCUUUUAGAAUAUUAAAUUCUACAGUAACUCUAAAUACAAAUAAUAAAUUUGAUGAUUUGAUGUAAUACAAUAAUAUAUCAAAUGAAAUUGCUAGCCUUAUAUCUAAUAACAUGAUUCCAAAUGAAGGAAACCUUGAAAUUUAAGGAAAUUUAUCAAAUAUUUUAUCAGAUUCAAUCACAGAAAAAAAUUUAAAAUAGUAUGUUUUGCCAAACGAUGACUCACAAUUUUCCUUAAAUUCUACAAAUACAUAUGUAAUAGCAAGAAAUAAUUAUUAAUAAAAUAUUUAUGAGAGCACCUCUAGCUUUUAAGCAUAUGUGAAUAUUUUGAAUAAAUAAAAUGGUAAUAAAGGCUAUUCUAAGAAUAAAUUGAUAGUAACAUCUAUAAACAAUACUUAGGCAAAUGGACCUAUUUCGAAUUCUACUAUUAUUUACUAAUUUAAAAAUGUAAAUGUAAGUAAUAAUAGCAAUAUGACAUGCUUAUAAUAAGCUGAUACAAUAUGGACUAACUUAAACUGUGGUGUUUUGAAUUAGGAUAGUAAGGAUUAUGCUUGUUUUUGCAAAAAGUAAUCACCAACAACUAUAAUUGAUAAUAUUGAGGCUGUAUUUACUUAAAAUGAAAAUUUGAAAACUGCUUUUGGAGAACAAGGUGCAAAAAAUAUUGCAAGAUUUAGUGAUUUUUAUUAGUAUGUAUGCGUUUGGGCUUUAUUUGCAUUUACAAUAGGCUAAAUUGUAUUGUUCUUAGUUGGAAGAUAGUUAGAUUUAAAAACUAUUUCAAAAAUGGAUUAAAAAAAUAGUCAAAAUUAGAUAAAUAAUAUAUUGGUACAAAAAAAUUUAUAAUAAGAAUUACUUCAAGAUAAAAUAUAAAAUCUGGAAAAGUAAAUAAAUUAAUAUUCAUAAUUACAAUAAGGUAAAGAGACAAAAAGCAAAAAAAUCAAAAUUUAAAAAAUAUAUCCCUAGAGUAACUCAAAUAGUUUGAAAAUUAUAAAAUAGGUCUCUCCAUCCUAAAUUUUUGAUUUAUAAUUAAGUAAUUAUAAAGAAGACGAUUUUAACUUGUAAUAACCACAUAACCAAGAUUAAUUAAUCUCAAAUAGAAAAUCAAAUACUAAAUAAUAGGAAAACAACUAAGCAAUUAGUCCUGAUUUAAAAUAACCUAAUAAUUCAGAUAUUUUAAAAGAAUUAUUUUAAGAAAAUAUAUCUCCAUAUUAAGUAUAAUACACUUAAAAAAGCAAUGAUUAAGAAAAUGACUUUAAAACUGAAACUUAAGAGUUAGUGAUAGAAAGCUUAUAGAAUAUAAAAUAAUAAACUAAUAAUAAAAUUCUCAAUUUCUACAAAAGUAACAAGUUACUUUAAUUUGAAAAAAAAUAAUAAAUUUAAUAAUAAUAAUAAUAACAAUAAUAAUCAAGUUCCUUAUCGUUUAAAUCUGAAAAAAGUAAAUCUGAAUAUUCAACUAAACAAGAAACUGCAUGCUAAAUAACUGAACCUUCUCAAUUGGAUCUAAAUAUAAGCGAAAGCGAAAAGAAUUAUCUAUAAUUAAAUUUUGUGAGAAAAGUAAUAAUAUUUCAUCAAUUAAUAGGUAUCUUUUAUACUUAUGACCCUAUUAUAUCUAGAUCAGUAAGAUUCAGUCUAUUUUAUUUAAAAAUAGUGCAUCAAAUAGCUAUUUCUCUAGUCUUUUAUUAGUUUAGUUUAAUUGAUUAGAAAAUAGUAAUAGCAAUAGUCAAUGCUGUUCUUAUUGAAAUAUUUUCGUUUGUUAUACAGUUCAGCUACUAAAUAGGUAAAAUAGGAAAAUAUUUUUCUACAAUUUUUUCCAUUCUUGUUUUGCUAUUAUAUUUUUAUGUCAUAUUGGCAAUAUCAAGUGGUUAGACUGCUGAAGAUUCAAAUAUUUCCUUUUUGUUAUUUUUAAUGACCAUUGGCCUAAACUUGACUUUAGUUUAAGUGAGUCUAUCAUUAUUUUUGAUAUAUAUUUCAUUUAAACAUAUAAAUAAUCAGAAAAACAUUAUAAUUAUUAAAAUAUUUAAUCUUUUUUCUAUUGAAUAAAUUAUAAAAAAUUUAGAUUUUUGA